GGAGGAAUGCGAGAGGGUGGGAGUGAGGAGAGGGUGUCCCGUCUGCGCGCAGCUCAGUCAGACAGCAGAGAGCAGCUGCAGCAGGAGGCUCGUGUUAGGUUUCACUGCAUUGCGAUUUCAAAUAUCGAUUAUUUCCUCCACAUAAAGCCGCGCGAAUAAGCUCGACUAGGCAACCAAAUAUCAUAGAAGAAAAUGGUUGAUCGCGAGCAGCUGGUGCAGAAAGCCAGGCUGGCUGAACAGGCUGAGCGGUACGAUGACAUGGCAGCUGCUAUGAAGUCGGUCACAGAGCUGAACGAGGCCCUGUCCAACGAGGAGAGGAACCUCCUGUCCGUGGCCUACAAGAACGUGGUGGGCGCCCGUCGCUCCUCCUGGAGGGUGAUCUCCAGCAUUGAGCAGAAGACCUCUGCCGAUGGCAACGAGAAGAAGAUUGAGAUGGUGAGAGCUUACAGGGAGAAGAUCGAGAAGGAGCUGGAGGCCGUGUGCCAGGACGUGCUCAACCUCCUGGACAACUUCCUGAUCAAGAACUGCAGCGAGACGCAGCACGAGAGCAAAGUGUUCUACCUGAAGAUGAAAGGCGACUACUACCGGUACCUGGCUGAAGUGGCCACAGGGGAGAAGAGGGCCACCGUGGUGGAGUCGUCAGAGAAGGCCUACAACGAGGCUCACGAGAUCAGCAAGGAGCACAUGCAGCCCACCCACCCCAUCCGCCUGGGCUUGGCUCUCAACUACUCUGUGUUUUACUACGAGAUCCAGAACGCCCCGGAGCAGGCCUGCCAUCUGGCCAAGACCGCCUUCGAUGACGCCAUCGCUGAGCUAGACACCCUCAACGAGGACUCCUACAAAGACUCCACUCUCAUCAUGCAGCUGCUCCGAGACAACUUGACACUGUGGACAAGUGACCAGCAGGAUGACGAGGGCGGCGAGGGCAACAAUUAAAGAGAAACCACACUUCAAAAAAAUUUAGAAAAUCCUGAAGGGCCGGUGGACUUUGGCAGCUGCUUUUGCCGAUGAUACUACCGCAGCAGCAGUUCUUUAUUUUUCCAUGUGUUUAAAGAAAAGAAUCAAAAGAGAGGUGAGAGUGGAGGUUAAAUCUUAGUUUAAAUAUAUAUAGAGAGAAAUAUAUAUACAGUUGAAAGGGGCCUCCGUCUUCUUGAUUUUCUCUUUGACAUUUGCCAAAACCACUGAGGUGUCAGUCAGUCGGCCUGAAGUGGUUGUUGUUGGAUUGAAACGGCAGCCUCACACUGGCAUCGGAACCGAUUUUGUUCCGUCAAGAAAAGCUGCUUACUUAGGUUUUUUUGCGUGAUAGAGAUGCAUUUGAGUCAUAACGAGAGAGUAUUAAAAAAAAAAAAUGCUUGAAUGGGAAUGCCUCACUUAACUCGUUUGCAUUGGUUCCAAGUUCCAGACUCCACAACGGGAGGGAAACCUUUAACUUGCCAAGAGAAAAGUUCCAAACCAGUAAAGCCCACGCUAAAUUUUAGAGGAUAAAUUACACAGGAGUGAAUAAAAGAUGGAUUUGAUUAAAAUAAAUAAAACCCAAACAUUUGGUAGAGGAGUCACUGGAAACAUCUGAUACUUUUGGAGGUGAAGAUUAUUGAAGGCAGAGACUUACAAAGAUUAAAAAAAAAGAAAAAAUUAAGAAAAGCAGCUUCAGAGUUUGUGGUUUACUUCUGUGUUUGUUUUAUUUAAUGCACUUGCCUAAUAUACUGUUUCUUCAGUGUAAGACAACAAUAAUAUCGAUUAUUCAGUAUUGUGCAUGCCGGUGAUGUAUUUAUAUACAGUAGCUUGACUUUAUUAACUUAUACUGUGGGUGUUGAGUAUUCAUAUGAUUGAGAAAAAAACAGGCUUUAUUGAGUUCUAAUUUAUUUGGUUAUGGUUUUUGGUUUGCUAUACCAAAUGGUGGUGGUAAAAACCUUUACCUGUAAUGGGCGUUGCUAUAGUGACAUGUGUAUUUCAUUUGUUAAAGAAGAUAAAAAAGAUAAAAAAAGAAAAACCCACCAGUGCUCACUUAAUCUUACCAGCUGGUGUUUGUCUCAUUGAAAUAUGAUUAUAUAUUUUUGUUUUUCUUUGAAAAACAGUUUGUUUUUGUCAUGCUUUUGAAUUUUAAUAAUGGUGAAGUUUUGCAAGCUUCAGUGUUUCUGUUAUAAACUCACAAACAUGGACCAUUAUUUCUUUCUGACACUAUUUUUCUUUUUUUUAUACCUUUUAGCUGUUCCUAAGUGACAAAAUAUCUUAAAUGUGAGUCAUUAUGUAGCAGUUGCACAAGAACCGAAAUAAUAGCUAUGAUAAUAAAAAAAGAUUAUGACUACAAUUAUACAUGCACUAUUUCCGUGGUGGUAUUGUUAUAUCGUUUAUCCAUGAGUUCAUUCGGCUUUAACGCACCUUCUCAUUACCUUUUUAGCACUCCUGUUUUGUGGCCCGAGUACAGUGUGUGCUGUCUUUUUUGUGCCUGUAUGAUUUUUAAUGCAAUUUAGUCUUUCACGAUUUAUCUGUCAGUGUUUUAAGUUGCUGCAAGCUCUCAAUGGUCAGCUGACUGUACAGCACAUGUAUGAAUAUUUCACGCCAACACAGUUACAGGGAAAACAUCACCUCUUCAAACUGAAUACCAAGAAGCUGCUUGCACAAAAAACAAACAAAAAAAAAAAACAUAAAAAAAAAAUAUUGCACGGAUUUCUCAUCUUUAUGCUGCUACUACAACCAUUUACGAAUAUAAUCAUAUGGAUGGCAUUUUAUUAUGUUUUUUUUCCUAAGAUGUGAUGGCUUAAGAGAGAAACCAAAAGCCUUAAGGUCAGUCACACAACCUUGCUCAUGUAUGCCAAUUAUGCCACCAUCAUGAGUCAGCCUCCAUGAGCUCACGGUAUGCCACAGCUGCUUUGAUUUAUUUUUAACGUUGUGAAGAGUUGAGUCUCCAAUGUUCACUAGAAAAAACAGCAUUAAAAAAAGAUAGACAUCAUAAAUGGUUAUUUAUUUAUUUUUGUUUUUAUUUUCUUAAAUAUGUUUUACAGUUUUUUUAUUUGUAAGAGGAAAAGAAAAUCAUGUGAAGAUGUUAAAUCAGAAUUCUUCCCCUGAGGGUUCUCCCUACCCCUACAUUUAGCCCUCCAAAUGGAGAAUUAUGAAAAUUGCAGGUAUGUUCGAAUUCCUUUACUACUCACCAUAUAGCGCACUAUAUAGAUAGACGUUCGCCAUUUUGUAGGACUGUCCGAAAAUACAAUUCCAAAAUCAAGAGCUCCAGAAAUUUCCCAGAAGUCUUUGCAAAAACAAUGUGCAUUGAUGCUCACUACAUUAGCAAAUAUAGACCACAAUGCAUAGUGGUCGAACAUUUUUUGCAACACAACAUGUGUUUAAAUGUAAUUUUUUAAAUAAACUAUCCACAUUUUCAUUGUCAGAACACAGUGGAGACAUAAGUAGACGUAAAAAUUUCAAAUUGAUUAGAUUUUCACUUUGUGACGUCAUAUCCGCCCUUUAAAAAAAAAAGAAAGAAAAGUAGUUAGCAUGGUGUCCCAAUUGCUUUUAAAAUUCAGGGCACAAUGUAGUCCUGCACUAUAUAGUUUUUUUUUUUUUUUUUAGUUAUGGACAUAACCAUAGUGUCAUUAAAUUCUGACAUAACUAACCCUCGAUGAUGUCAUCAAAAGUUGCCAGUCAUCUACGUUAGCGUAGCUGCUAGCGCUCAGAAAUACAUAACAUCUGUUUUAUAAUUUUUAAAAAGUCAUGGUAAAACAAAAAAACAUUACUUACAUUUAAAUGUAAACUUAUCUGAUUCAGAGCACACCCAUGUGAAGAAAGGCGUUUCUCCUCCAUGCAUCCCUCCAAUAAGAGGGUAAAUCCUUCAAAGAUACACCCCUAUCGCUUCAAAUGCCCCUACAAUUGGAGAGGUAGGGGUGUAAUUUGGAUUCAGACAUAGUGUUUUUAAAUUUUGACAUUACUAACCCUUGAUGAUGUCAUCAAUAGUUGCCAGUCAGCUAUGUUAGCGUGUAGUUGCUAGCGUUCGGAAAAUGCAUAACAACAUCGGUUUUAAACUGUAAAACAUAAAGUCAUUACUCACAUUUAAGUGUAAACUUCUGAAGAAAUUAGUUUCUUCUCAGUUUACCCUCCCAGCGGUGGGAUUCAUAGCCAACAAUUUUGGACACCACUAAAGCUUCAAAAUGCCCCCUGCAAUAGGAGGGGUAGGGGAAGAAUUCAAAUUUGGCCAAUAACACUCUUUGGUAAGAACAUAAUGUUCCACUAUGAGUUUCUUUUUUUGGAUCCUUGUGGUUCUUACGUUUAACCACGAGUAUGCCCAAAAAAAAAAAAAAAAGGUUUUCUUUGAGUUAAGAUCAUAAAGGAGCUGAUCUACUGGAUCUUAGGAGAGAGUUGAAAUGACAUAAGUACUGUAUGCUCUUUUGGCUGCCGUCUGUUGCACAUUAAAGUUAUAUGUUUGUUGGUAUUA